AGUACCAGUACUACCUCCGAGAAACCAUGCACCGGUUCACCGCUAUAUAUAUCCCCACAUCCUUCCUGCCAAUCCGCCAUUAUCCACUACAGAACUGACUAGUCUUCUUGAUCAUAACAGCUCAAAAUUCUCUGCACAAUCCAUGCACAAAUGGAUUGCCAGAGCACGACGCAGCUGGGAAGCGUUGGCAGCAGCGGCGCUGCUAUGCAGGAGUACCACUACGCUGGCGGCGGGCAGCCGCAGCAGGCCGUCGACGACGCGUUUCUCAUGGAGCUGCUGGAGGACGCGCCGGCGGCAGACCAGCCGCCGGAGGACGCCGACCGGCUGAGCCACGUCAUUCGGUCCCUCGAGGCCGAGAUCGGCGGCGGGUCGCCCGCUGCGCCGGCGCCGGUGAGGGACGGCUGCGAGAGCACGACGGAGCACUGGACGAGCGACGUCGACGUUGGACUGGAGGACAUGCUGUCGGGCCUCGACAGCCUUAUUGGCCCAUGCGCGGCCGAGGGGGCGCCGUUCGAGUACUGGACGGAGGUUCCGCCGGCGGUGGGGCACGACAUGGGUGGCUGGUACGCCGAUGGCGACGGCAUCAUGGUUGGGUACGAGUUCAGAGAGCAGUGUUAUUACACCUACGGUGAGAGCCCAGCCGUGGAGCAAGUGUACAGCCCCUUGUGGGAAUGAAUCAAUGAUCAAAUAUGGGGAAAGAUAUAUAUAUAUAUAAGCUCAAGAUCGAUCUUUACAAUUUCCCCUUCUUUCUCCAUUUCCAAGUCUUGACGACAAGCUGAUGAAUUUUAGCUAUUUUUGCUUCACCGUUAAACCUUUU